ACCCGGGCGGGAACAGCACCCACCGAGAGCGCCAUGGCCGAGGAAGGCAUUACUGCUGGAGGUGUAAUGGAUGUUAACACCGCCCUGCAAGAAGUGCUGAAGACCGCACUUAUCCAUGAUGGCCUAGCUCGUGGUAUUCGUGAAGCAGCCAAAGCCUUGGACAAACGCCAAGCCCAUCUUUGUGUUCUGGCUUCGAAUUGUGAUGAACCCACGUAUGUAAAGUUAGUUGAAGCACUUUGUGCAGAACAUCAGAUCAACUUAAUAAAGGUUGAUGACAACAAGAAAUUGGGUGAAUGGGUAGGUCUCUGCAAGAUCGACAGAGAAGGAAAACCUCGCAAAGUAGUGGGCUGCAGUUGUGUGGUUGUCAAAGACUACGGCAAGGAAUCUCAGGCCAAAGAUGUCAUCGAAGAGUACUUCAAGUGCAAGAAAUAAAUGGAAAAUAAAUUUUGAACCUGA